CCUUGCGCUGAGGCAUCGCACACCGCGCCUUGCCGGACCAGACUUUUUGCCCACUUUGGUUCUUCGAGUGCCGCACACGCAUGUCAGCGAUCUUUAACAACCGAGUUCCCGCGGGAGAGACGUCGGCAAAGAGAAGGCUGGAGCUGGAAGCCGGUGACCCCCAGGACCUCCAUGAUGGUGACUGGACCUCCAAAAAGCAGAUGGCCCCGCUGUCUGUCACGGGAGGAACGGCUCCCGCCCCCAGUCCCAUAGUCACGGUGCGUAAGUCCCUGUUCGAGAGGUCCCGCUGCGACACCUCGCUCGGCCUCUUGACGCAGCGGUUCGCGGCGAUGCUGAGUCGCGCCGCCAACGGCGUGCUGGACCUGAACCUCGCCGCCCAGGAGCUCAACGCCCCCAAGAGGCGCGUCUACGACGUCACCAACGUCCUGGAGGGGAUCCAGCUCAUCAAAAAGAAGUCCAAGAACUUCGUCGAGUGGUUGGGCGGUGACAUGAACGUGCACCUGGAUCAGGAGCUGAAGGCCCUGGUGGAGGAGGAGCGGAGGCUGGACGACUUGAUCCAGAGCUGCACGAAGCAAGUUCAGCAGAUGUGUGAGAACCAAAACACACGGAGGUUCGCCUACUUGACCUACGAGGACGUCCAGAGGAUUCCCAGCUUGAAGGAGCAGACUGUGAUUGUGAUCAAAGCCCCCGCGGAGACCAAGCUGGAGGUGCCGCACCCUGAAGAGAGCCUCCAGGUCCACCUCAGCAGCACCCAGGGGCCCAUCGAGGCGUUCCUCUGCUCCGAGGUCCCCGUGCCGAUGGACGUCACGGACGGCUCCGUCGCCAACGGGAGCCACGGCAACGCCUCGGCCAACGAGAACGGCGGCGCCGCGCCCGUCGUGCCUUACUCGGCCUUCGUCCAGGUGUCAUCCAAAGUCCUGGGACGGAAACUCUCUGGACUACAACGGGUGAGGGAUCUACAGAGCUUCAGACAAGUGUAAAGCACGAAUCUUGCCGCAGUUAUCUAGCUAAGAACAUGGAGCUAACUCGCUAACAGCAUGAAGCUAACCCUGUUUGCAGACCGAACUGGCAUCGAAAACACAACGAAGAAGUUCUGAAAAACAGACACAUUCCCUCCAGAAUAAUGGAAACAGGCUGGUUACAGACAUGAUUGACUUUAACCAGAGUUAUUGAGAAGUUUGACCACUUUAAAGAGAGGAGGCUACUUUUCUUUACAUAUAGUGGGUCUACUCUGUCAAACAGUUAGAAAUGCACUGUCAUUUCUUGUUUUCAAUGUAUUGUAUUUUUGUUUGUUGUUCAACGAUAUUAUUGAGUGUUUGUGAAUUUUAUUUUAAUGAGCUAUUUUUAUUUAGCGUUAUUUUUAAAAAUCUGUUUCCUGCGGAAAUUGCUUUCCAUCUGUUGCACUUCCUGCUCCUGAGUCCGUCUUUCCGUCACAAUGGUUUUAUAUUGCCGAGGGUGAGUUCAGUGAAAAACGAUUUUGCACUAUUUUGGCUAUAUUCUUGAAUAAAAAUUAACCGUUUAUGUUACAUACAGUAAUGGAAUGUUAAUACGAUCCCGGCGUCCAGCUGUCGUGUCAUUUAGACCGUCAAAAUAUACGUUUGGUGGCGGUUUCAUUGAGCCACUUUCUAGCUCAUGUAGUUAUUUAUUUUGUCCAUUAGGGGUCUCUGUUUUCCCCUUGUAUGUUACAUGUCAUGGUUUUUGAUGAGAAUUGUUAUUAUUUAGAUUUAAUGUGGUCCUGUCUUCCAUGGACAAUGGUUUUAUAUUGCUGAGGGAAGUGGAAGUGCAGAGACAAAUCAGAAGGCAAAUGUGUGUGUUCUGUUGUCUUCUGCAGAAUAAAUAAGUGCUGGGAAAAUCCA